AUGGAUAAAGAGCUAUCUGCCAUGUUCAUCAAUACCCUAAAACAUCCUUUCUAUGAUCGGAUGAUAGGAAACGCUUCCACAAAUUUCUCUGAUAUUAUGACCAUCGAAGAAAGGAUCGAAUACGGGGUUAAACAUGGGCUGAUAACCAAUACUGCCGAGGAGUCAUUAGCCGCAAAAAGGCAAGUCAUUCUAAGAAGAAGGAAGGCAACCCUCGAAUUAGAGCCAUUAGGGUUUUUGUUGUCGGUUUCUACACCAUCAGGGUCGGUUUUGAUCGCUAGUCAAAAGGUGAGGGCAGGUGAGUUGUCUUUUGAUAAUCAGACCCUAAGGGCAAGACUGAUCCAGCUGGACAUGCAAGAUUUUGACCUUAUUUUGGGCAUGGACUGGCUAGCUACCAACCAAGCCAACAUUAAUUGCUCGAGAAGAGAAGUCUCCUUCCAACUACUUUCGGGUCGGAACUUUACAUUUAAAAGAGUUACGGGUAGAGUCCCAAGGACAGUAUCAGCGUUGAAGGCAAAACGCCUGUUGCAGAAUGGAGCUUGGGGAUAUUUGGCCAACGUCGUUGACAUUAGUAAGACUCCACCUAGUAUCGACUCUGUUCACGUGGUCAGAGAGUUCCCAGAUGUGUUCCCCAAUGACCUUCCGGGGCUACCCCCUGUUCGUGAACUGGAUUUUUGUAUCGACAUACCACCCGGGACAGCCCCCAUUUCGAAGGCACCGUACCGCAUGGCUCCAGCGGAACUUAAGGAGCUUAAGGCUUAG